CUCACUCCCCCUCCGUGCUCUCUUUCAAAUCAAAUCUUAAAAAAAUCCAAACACCACAAAAACACAAAGCCCAGAUUCAAGUCAGGUGCCUGACCCCACACUGUGCAGGAAGCUUGCUGCCUCUGGCCGUCAUCGUCCUGAGCAAACCAGCUCCGCUCUGUGCCCACCCCGGGAAAGUCUCAGGCCAACCCCAUGCUCCCUCGAGCUCCCUGCUGCACCUGUGGCCCCCCGGGUGUCAGGCGCGGGUGGGGUGGGUCAGUGGGAUCAAGACCAAACUUUACCCCUGAAGAGGGCGGCUGCCGCCACCAGAAAGCUGAGCCCUUGCCCCAGAGGGGCUUACAGAGGAGAGAGAAAAGUCAGGCUGGUCAGGAGCCCAAGCAGCACGGAGCAGAGCUGGGGUGGGAAAGGCGGGAGCGGUGCGUGGGUCCCCAGAGCUGCUUUGGCCUCCGACCUGGGUCCCGUCUGUCCAGCCCUCACGGAAGCCCCCCGCACACCUGGCCUGCAGAGCCGCUUCUGGUAACACACGGAGGCCAAGUGACCCGGCAUCUCAGCGACCCUCUGACGGCACUGCUGUCCCCAAAGGCUGCUCCCUCCCGCUUUAUCAGCUCUAGAACCUGAGCAGCCCGGCCAGCUCAGGGACUUUGGAGGGUGCAUUCACGUCCGGUAAAUCUCUGCAUCUGUCACAGCCCUUGCGCAGCCAUUGUUGCAAGGCCUUGCCCAGGCCCUGACGCGGGGCCCACAAAACAGGCACCAGCCCCGACCGGAGCCAGGAGACCUGCCAGCGUGCACGGAGGUAAGCGGGGCCCAACAGGUCCACUCUGCGGGGCUGGAGGGGAGAGCGUGGAAGGACCGGCUUCAAGGACGCGUGGGAAAUGGACAAGCCGCACGGACCCUCUGGCCUUUGGGAUCCUUGCUUGUGGCCCAGGUGCGAGGAUGAGGGACCUCACAGGCCAAGAAAGAACACCCCAAAAGGACAGGUGUUUGGUGCAGUGUAACGGGAACACAGGUGCGCACGGUCGGUGAAACAAAUCUCUCUGUCUCCCGCUUCCCCGCCCGCCUGCUUGGGCGGCUGCGGACCUGACCGGGGCCCUGUUUGGCACCUUUGGGACGGCGAUGCCGGGCUUCCAGGAUUCGUGUGAGGAUGCGGCCGGCGCGGCACAGAAGGUGCAGAGCUCAGCCCCUCCCACGGCAUCAGGCAGUCCGGAGAGCUUCUUAAGCACACAAGAUUCCUGGCAUCCCCCUAACUCAGGGCUCUUUGGGGUUGGAGCUUAGGAAUUAGGAUUUUAAGCAAGCACCUCAGAUGAUCAAUUAGAGUCCUCUAAGGAGAAGAAAUUAGAAUUAGAGUCAUCUAAGGAGAUGAAAACGUCAGUUCAAGGGCGGUUGGGGCAGGAAGCCGGCGUUCUCACGCGCGGCCACAAGGCGGCAGCAGGGAGGCCAGAAGCGGGCGUGGACGCGAGGGGCGGGGAGUGGGCGCACCUAGGAUACAGGCUGCAGGAGGCGGCGGGCCCUGGUGCCGCAGGGUCCCCCUGCCAGUUGGCCCGCUCCUGCCGAGUGCUCCCCUGAGGGCGCCUGUCUUGUUAUCAGGUCUUUGUGGGGACUUUGCCAGCACUGCUGUGACCCUGGCUGGGUGGGGGGUGGGGGGUGAAAACGUGUGCCACGUGAGUGAGAGGCAGCACGGGAGGUCACCUGCACUGGGCGGCUUCUCCAGGUACACUGGCGCUUGUUCAGAGCAGGGCUACCCAUCUCCCACUGCCAAGCUUGUGGUUCCAGGUGCUCUGCAAGGACCUGCACCUGCCCCCCCCCUUGCUCCCCAGCUUAAAAGGGUCGGGUCUGCGGCCAAACAGCAGGCAAAGGAUGCUGGGACCAGGCAGCUGCUGGUGGGAGCGGCCAAGAGGUCUCUGGACGCGGGAAGAGGAUUAGGUGACAGUCCCCUAACCCAGCCCGGAACUAACACCCCCGCCCGCCCUCCCUCCCACACCCCAGCCUGCCCCCUGAAGCCUGUCGGAGCUCAGAAUAACCCAAGGACCAGACGGGAUGGCAGGGGCUCUGCUGGGCGCGCUGCUCCUCCUGCGGCUCCUGGGUGCCAGUGAGGGGGAGAAUGAGGAGCUGCGUCUUUACCACCAUCUCUUCGACAACUAUGACCCCGAGUGCCGGCCUGUGAAGGAGCCUGAAGAGACGGUCACCAUCACCCUCAAGGUCACCCUGACCAACCUCAUCUCCCUUAACGAGAAAGAGGAGACCCUGACCACCAGCGUCUGGAUCGGAAUCGACUGGCAGGAUUACCGACUCAACUACAGCAAGGACGAUUUUGGGGGCGUGGAGACCCUGCGGGUGCCUUCAGAACUCGUCUGGCUCCCAGAGAUUGUGCUGGAAAACAACAUUGACGGCCAGUUCGGCGUGGCCUACGACGCCAACGUGCUGAUCUACGAGGGCGGCUACGUGAGCUGGCUGCCCCCUGCCAUCUACCGCAGCACCUGCGCCGUGGAGGUCACCUACUUCCCUUUCGACUGGCAGAACUGCUCGCUCGUCUUCCGCUCGCAGACCUACAAUGCGGAAGAGGUGGACUUCGUCUUCGCGGUGGACGACGAGGGCAAGACCAUCAGCAAGAUCGACAUCGACACCGAGGCAUACACAGAGAACGGCGAGUGGGCCAUCGACUUCUGCCCGGGGCUGAUCCGCCGCCUGGACGGCGCCUCCCCAGGCGGCCCGGGGGUGGUCGAUGUCAUCUACACGCUCAUCAUCCGCCGGAAGCCGCUCUUCUACGUCAUCAACAUCAUCGUGCCUUGCGUGCUCAUCUCGGGCCUGGUGCUGCUCGCCUACUUCCUGCCGGCGCAGGCCGGCGGCCAGAAGUGCACGGUGUCCAUCAACGUCCUGCUGGCCCAGACGGUCUUCCUGUUCCUGAUCGCGCAGAAGAUCCCAGAAACGUCGCUGAGCGUCCCGAUGCUGGGCAGGUACCUCAUCUUCGUCAUGGUGGUUGCCACGGUCAUCGUCAUGAACUGCGUCAUCGUGCUCAACGUGUCCCUGCGGACGCCCACCACGCACACCAUGUCCCCUCGGCUGCGCCACGUCCUGCUGGAGCUGCUGCCGCGCCUCCUGGGUUCGGGCGCGUCCCCCGAGGCUCCCCGGGCCACCUCACCGCCCAGGCGCGCUUCGUCUGUGGGCCUGCUGCUCCGGGCCGAGGAGCUGAUACUGAAAAAGCCGCGGAGCGAGCUCGUGUUUGAGGGGCAGAGGCACCGGCACGGGGUCUGGACCGAGCCUGGGCGCCGCCGCCCCCGAGGUCCGCUGCUGCGUGGACGCCGUGAACUUCGUGGCCGAGAGCACGCGGGACCAGGAGGCCUCCGGCGAGCUCGUGUCCGUCCCUCCCCAGGAGGUGUCCGACUGGGUGCGCAUGGGGAAGGCCCUGGACAACGUCUGCUUCUGGGCCGCCCUGGUGCUCUUCGGCGUGGGGUCCAGCCUCAUCUUCCUCGGGGGCUACUUGAACCGAGUGCCCGAGCUGCCCUACCCGCCGUGCAUGUAGACGGCGCCCCCCGCACCCGUUUCUGGAGGAAACCGAUUUUGAAAGCCGCGCUGCGGGCCCUUGCUGCGGUGCGGUCCUGUGCUCGCUGCGGCAAUAAAUCGGCGCUGUGCCAACUUUCCCGGCUGUGCGCGGGCUCGUGUGGCUGAGUGCGCGCACCUGUAGAGGUCUGCCCCGCCAGGGUCGGGGGCAGAGCACCGUCCUCCGGAAACCACUCGCCACUCUUGCAUCCAGCCUUGCCGACCCCCCAGUGUUUCUGAGAGCGUAGGCCCUCGUGACCCUCUCUCCAGCCCUGGGAGCUGCUGUCUUUAUCGGCAGAAAACGGCAGGACGGCCCUGGAAGCAGCUGGAACCUGGAAGCCGUGUGCCUCCCCUGGGGAGGGCGCAGGGCUCAGAUGCCCCGAAGGCCCUAGGGCUAAGGGCCCCUGGGCCACCCGCUCAUCCCAGGCCUGCUGGCUUAACCGGGCUGGUUUCCGGGACUGGGAGAGAAGACAGGGGCCCUGGAUGGUAGGAGCUGGUUGAAUUGUCUUUAUUAACAAACGGGAUAUCCAAGGCCACUACAUUGAGGGGGGGCGGGGCAGGGCUACUUGCUGCUCACACUAUAUACAGAGGCAAGCAAGGGGGUGCAGGGGGGAGCGAGAGCUCCCCACUCCCUCCCUCCACCAGGGAAGGACAGAGGCUAGAAAGAAAAGUGGUUGAAAAGGGGGAAAUGUUUUGGCUGGCGGGGGUACCCCCUCCAUUCCCUGGGGUUUGGGGGGAGGGGAAUCAUUAAAGUGCUUUCAGAAAAUGAGGAAAUGGUCCCUGCCCCUGGAGUGGCGGGCGACCCCCCUGAAACCUAGGGCCCAGUGACCCCCCCCAGGGUCUGGUACAUUCAAGGGGGGGAGCCGGCUCCCCUGACGUGCAAAUGAAGGGGCCCAGGGCCCUGCCCAGUCAGCAGCAGUGGGGUACGGGUGCCCGCCCCGAGCACUCUCCUCGGAAGUGGAGAAAAGGGGGGUGGGGCUCGGCCCUCUGGAUUCCUGGUAAGGGGAAGCCGUGCCUCUCCCUGGAAUUGGGACAGGCACAGUUUUGGGGAGAGAACAAACGGGGGGGGGGGGGG